AUGACAUCCCUGUCCACCACCGCCGCCGCCGACGACACCGCAGUUUCCAUUAUCUGUCAGUGUUUAGGCCACUGUCCGGAGAAUGAGCCGAACGGCACGUGUCUGUUGAAGAAGAAUGGCAUGUGUUUCGCCGCUAUGGAGCAGGUCUUCAAUCGCGAGACCCGACGGCUCGAGAUGGAGAAGACGUACGGCUGUCUACCGCCAGAUGACGGACACAUUCUUCAGUGUAAGGGACAUCUUGUGCCUCAUGUGGUGCCCAAAUCCAUCGAGUGCUGCAAUGAUCACGACUUUUGUAAUCUUGAAUUACAUCCGAAUUACUAUAAUAUUCCCGAAGUUCCUAACGCGGACAAUGAGAGCGAGUUCCUGUCCAUAGACUCGACCCAUCUAUUGGUUUCACUCAUCACUUCAUUAAUCGUUUUCAUUAUUUUAUUUUGGAUUUUAUUCAUCGCUUAUAAACGAUAUAAAAGAUGUCACGAGAAGAAGCAAAACAUCGUGUGUUUGUACGACGAGAACUUAUACUGCUACUUUAGCCUGGGUCAGCAAAAGGACAAAGCGUUCUUCAAUUGCGUUGGCGGUGGUGUCAGUGGCGGCCACUCGUCCUCCGAGUACAAGAACUUCGGCGUCAGUGAGAAGAGUGCAAUGGAUUCGCUGUUUGUCGAUAGUAUGCGCUAUAAUAUGAACGACUAUAGCCUAUCGCGCAGCGCCGGCGACUCCUACUGCGACCAAUCGGUGACUUCGGGCUCCGGGUCGGGACAGCCGACGCUCAUACAGCGAACUCUGGCCAAACAAGUGAAGCUCUACGAGUGUAUCGGUCGCGGCCGCUACGGAGAGGUGUGGCGCGGCGUCCGCUUCUCCGAGUCGGUGGCCGUCAAGAUAUUCUUCAGCCGAGACGAGGCCUCUUGGAAUCGCGAGACAGAGAUCUACAGCACAAUAAUCCUGAGGCACGAGAAUAUACUGGGAUUCCUGGGCUCCGACAUCAUGAAUAUGACGAUGAAAUCGGACCACUCGUCGACCACAGCCACCGAUCGGAUUGAUGUGACAAUCAGUUCGGGCGGAAGCGGACGGCCGCUGUUGGCCAGCAUUAAACGCAACGGCAAAGGCGGCGACCCCUGGAAGGGUCAGCAAAAGGACAAAGCGUUCUUCAAUUGCGUCGGCGGUGGUGUCAGUGGCGGCCACUCGUCCUCCGAGUACAAGAACUUCGGCGUCAGUGAGAAGAGUGCAAUGGAUUCGCUGUUUGUCGACAGUAUGCGCUAUAAUAUGAACGACUAUAGCCUGUCGCGCAGCGCCGGCGACUCCUACUGCGACCAAUCGGUCACUUCGGGCUCCGGGUCGGGACAGCCGACGCUCAUACAGCGAACUCUGGCCAAACAAGUGAAGCUCUACGAGUGUAUCGGUCGCGGCCGCUACGGAGAGGUGUGGCGCGGCGUCCGCUUUUCCGAGUCGGUGGCCGUCAAGAUAUUCUUCAGCCGAGACGAGGCCUCUUGGAAUCGCGAGACAGAGAUCUACAGCACAAUAAUCCUGAGGCACGAGAAUAUACUGGGAUUCCUGGGCUCCGACAUCAUUAUCAAAAUAUAUUAUAUAUUAAUUUUGAUAAAUUUCUUAUAA